UCCAGACACUCCCUCUUUCUUUCAAUUCAAUUCAAUUCAUAGUAUUUAGGUUUCUGCACCCAAUCAAACGCACUCUGUUCCGACAUCAACUAACUCUGAACUCCCAACUUCUUCGUGUCGUCGUUAAUACCGAAUUAAUUAAUUAAUUAACUAAUUAAUUAGUUAAUUGAUGACUGCUGCCAUGGAGGUAGAGCGUGACAAGUACAAGAUGAUCGAUUUCGAAGAAACCGAGUUGCGACUCGGGUUGCCGCUGAGUUCAAACGACGGCGAGUCCACGCUCAUCAGAAACACUUCCGGUGGUGGUUCCUUUACCGGGAAGAGAGGUUUUUCCGAUACAAGCAGCGGUAGCGUGGAUUUGAAGCUUAACCUUUCCUCAACCUCAAACAAUGUCUCCGCCUCUUCCUCUUCUGACAUGGCCAAAGAGAACAACGCUUCUGCAGCUGCUAACAUCACCGCACCUCCUUCUCCUCCUCCUGUCAAGGACCCAGCAAAGCCACCUGCAAAGGCACAAGUGGUAGGUUGGCCUCCUGUGAGAUCAUUCAGAAAGAACAUCGUGAACAAUGUUCAAAAGGGUAACAGCAGCAUCAAAGAGGGGGUAAAAGGUGGCACAAAUAACAGCAGCAGUGGGAACACAGGAGCAGCUUUUGUUAAGGUGAGCAUGGACGGUGCUCCUUAUCUACGUAAGGUAGAUUUGAAGGUGUACAAGAGCUACCAAGAGCUGUCGGAUUCCCUUGCAAAAAUGUUCAGUUCAUUCACCAUCGACAAGUGUGGAUCCCAAGGCAUGAAAGACUUCAUGAACGAGACCAAAUUGAUUGAUUUUCUCAACGGCUCUGAUUACGUUCCCACCUAUGAAGACAAAGAUGGAGACUGGAUGCUCGUCGGUGACGUACCCUGGGAAAUGUUCGUGGAAUCCUGCAAGCGUCUGCGUAUAAUGAAAGGAUCUGAGGCGAUCGGGCUAGCACCGAGAGCAGUGGAAAAGUGCAGGAACAGAAGCUAGAGUUGAAUGUGUACAUUAAUUCCAUGUUCCAGAACAAUGUGCUGUGUUUGGUUGGUAUCCAUGGGAAGCAUCGAUGCUAAUUAUAAUUAAUUUGUGGAGCAAGGAGUUGUCUAAUUAAUAUAGGAGGCAAGUUGUUAUGUAUAAUGUGUCGGUACCAUUUUUUAGAAAUAAUUUUCUUGUAUAUGUAUUGUGUAUUUUAUAUAUAUAUGAGAAAAAUAGUUGGAACUCAGGGACAAGAAAUAAUGGAAUAUGUCUAUAUGGGCCCGUUUUGUUUCUACGUACAAAACAUAACAAUGUCUACCUUGGUGUGCCUGUCUAAUAUAAUAAGAUCAGUGUCUCUACGUUUACAGUUGUA